CAUUGUGCUACAGUGUAUGAACAUCAUUUCAAGGGGGGUUUAUAACUAAGGCUGUAAAAAAUUCAGGGUAAAAAAUUGCUUAUGUCACUGCAUCUCAAAAUAGGUAUUUCAAGAUUUUUCACGGCCAAACAUAGUAUUUUUGAAAGCAAAAUUGAUCAUUUUGUCUGGAGUUGUUAUUCAACAAAUGUUCCUAAAUAUUUAAAUGCUUAUCUGAAAAACAUUAAAUGCUAAAUUGUAGAAUAGUUUUUAUGUACACCAUUUAAAGACAUAAUUCACCGAUGGUGAAAGUAAAAUCAAACAAAAUAAAAACAUAAAUAAAUGUAAAAAUAACAACAGACACGUGAAAUGUCCCCUUCUUGUACUACACAGAGCGAUCUUUAGCAGAAAUAUUUCUGAUCUUUGAUGCAGCUGGUGUCUUUUUCAUUGAAGACAUUUUAAACAAAUCAUGCAGCUCUAUGCAAUGUGUUCAAUCAUUAACCGGGAGCAAACAAAGUCGUCUACCAGGUUCCUAAAUGCAGUGUAACAGGUAGUGUGUCGAUAAGGCAAAUGUUUGCUGUAUUUAUUUUUAAGUGAUAAAAAAUAUAUUUAUUUACACUAUUCAUUCAGAAAUGGGAAUUAUCACGGGGAACCACAUAUUACACGGCAAUGGGUAAAUUUAACAGAAUCGUGAUAACCGUGAAAAAAAAUUCAACCUUAUUUAUUACUUCUAUUAAAACAUGUUGUACUUUUAUUGUGUAACAUCAAAUGAGCUGCAUGUUCCAGUCAGAUAGUUUGUUUACUAGCAGGCUGACAGAGUACAAAAUCUAAUGUGUUCUGUAGAGACUUGAAAGACUGCAUCCCCCUGGGAGAUUAGAGCAGAAGCUGCUAAUUACCUGCCUCAGCCAUGAAAGAAUUUCAAGCCUGUCUCAUCAAAUCACAAUUAAAAGUAUUUUAAUUAAACAUAAUAUAGAAGUGGUUGCCUUUCUUUAAGGUUUCAUCAGGUGAGGAAUGUGGGGUAGCUCAAACUCUUCAUCAUCAUGAAAAGAUUUAUCCUACAAAGUUUAAACUACAAAUAGAAUAGCUAAUAUGGGCAACUAUUUGCUGUGAUCUUAAUGGAAUAAUUUUAAAGAGCAAUAAUAUUUUACCAUUUGAAGAGAGAGAAAAAAAAUCUAGUUUUACCCUACAGUUGCUUACAGUAUAUAUCAAUUGCGUAUAGUAAGUGCAAAGCUCUUUGAAAUUCCUCUUGCUGUGUUAUUGGGCAAUGUUUGUGUUUGUUUGCUCCCCUGCUUCCCUACCUUUGAAUGCUAAUCAGUCUCCUUAAGCAGCGUUCAUUAAUUCAUUUUCAAAGGCAGCAGCUGACACAAGAGCGAGAUGGUUUGAAAAGGAGGAAGGGGCUUGUGCCUUCAUCAGAGACUUCUCCUGAAUUUUGAUCAGAUUGCUGCCCGCAUUGAGGAAUGGAGCAUUAAUGAACUCCCAUCAAAGGCAGACCCGCAUCUCCAUCCUGUUUGCUUGUUGUGUUUUUAUAUAAGGACUCUGAUGCUACACUGAUGAUUCAUAUGGUAGUAACACAGACAACAAAAACAAACGGCAACAAAAAACCAGCUCAUCAUAUAGAAACCAAGCACUCACACAGUUGCACCAUGGUGUCAGUGGUCAAGAUCACUGGUAAGUAAUCAUCCAAUGUAAAGCCAGGACAGAGGUACUGAAACAUAAUAAUACCAUUAUUGUUUAAUAGCACCUGUUUCUUAACAUUUCUACUUACACUAAAAUAAGUACAUUUUGAGGUCUGCAUACAGUAUAUCAUAGUGUAUCUAAUAAACUCUUGACAUUUAUUCUGACUUUUACCUUAACACAGCUAAAACUCUCUUUCAAUCAUUUUAUUAUCAUUAUAGUGUGUAUCCUGACUCCUUACAGCCUGUAUUAACAGAUUGAUCGCAGUACUGCAGAAUUUGUCAGAAACCAUUUCAGAAACAGGCUUAAUAUUAAUCACCGCAAAAAUAUUAACCACUUACUGAAACUUUUUUUACUACAUGAUUGUGUUAUUAUACAAUUUAAAAAAUAUUUAACAGUAUAGCCUGGGUCAUUCAAGUUCAACCAGUCCAAUACAGACCUUGCAUCAACAGUAAACUAAAAAGACCCUCCCCAGAUAGUGAUGAGAGGAGCCCUGGGGAGAUGGGAAGCUUGGUGGAAACACUCAAACAAACAUUGCAUUCUCUAACUGGAAACUGAAAUGCAGCUGGUCUAGCAAAAUAUUUCUUUAUGAAACGGAAAGGGACAAUAGCUGUGGCUAGUCAGGAACAAUGAAAGCUUUCCCUCAUAGUGAGCCUCAAUCUUUACCAGAACUACAAGGCAAGAAACUGCUUGUGAUGUGGACUCUGGAAGAGGCUAGGAUCAAACCACUAAACAAGUUACACUUCAGCCAGAUUCAAAGCCAGGCCUCCAGUGGUAAAAGUCAUAGUAGGCUUUGCUUGCAGUGUCCCACCAGCCUUCUAGAACUGUUUUUAUUCUACCAAAAGGUUAUAGAGCCCCCCACUACUCUACUAGAACAAAUUACAAUUUCCUUGAUCACUGUAAAUAGGUGUGGACAUCCAUGAAAAUAUCUAGUUAUAUUCAAAUUAAAAAAGGAAGACUAAAUCUCAUUCCCAUUUAAAGAAAGAAGUAUGCGUAGGUACUGUAGUGUGUCUCAUCUGUCAAUGGCGUUCAUGGUAUUGUCUCUCUUGAUUCCCCUCCCUCUUGAAAGGGACUGUGCUCAUCCCCACAGGAUCACAAGCUGUGCACCGAUGCCAGUGCUGCGCUGCAAGACAUCUCCACAGGGACACAAGGCGGCAGUCGCUGUUAUUCAUCCAGCAAGCAGGACAGGAAAGAGCGAGAGCUUCACCACAGCGCAGAGCAGAGAGGAGGGAAGCUACACAGGCACCUAACUGAGCCAGCUACCAUUUUUCUCCUUUCCAUUUUAUUCCUUGCAAUGGGAAGCCCUGUAAGGAUGAAGUGGGGUUUAGGGCGUGCCGACACCAAUGGUUCUGAGUAAAAUUGGAUUCCUAAGUGGGCCGCUCUGCCCUCAGCUCAGAGUAGUGUGCUGACAAGAUGACUGGGCAGAUGAACAUCGAGAGCAAUGACCUUUCCAACCACAGGCUGUCCGUCAAGACUACCACAGAUGAAGAGCUGGAGCGUAUGGACAACACCCUCAGCAGGGCCCAGUCCAUGUGUGAUGACACCUCCUCAGAGCUGCAGAGGGUGGCCUCACUGGACCCCAAUGGGCUGCACUCCCAGAGCUCCUUCCAAGGGAGGGGGGCGCUCUCAAGGCUGGUGCGGAUGGUGGUGACAUUGAGGGAGUGGGCUCACAAAAGCCUGCAGGAGGAGGAGCAGCGGCCAGACUCCUUCCUUGAGCGCUUUCGAGGGCCGGAGCUGCGGGCCAUUCCCAGCCGGGUCAGCAACUCCCAACAGGACCAAGAGAAGAGCGACAGCAAGGGAACAGACAAAAAAAAGAAGGAAGUGUUUGUGCUGGACCCUGCUGAGAAUCUUUACAACCACUGGCUCUUAAUAAUCGCCAUUCCUGUGCUCUAUAACUGGUGCAUGCUGAUAGUUCGGGCCUGUUUUGAUGAUCUGCAAACUGAAAACUACAUUCUUUGGCUGGUUCUGGAUUAUGUUUCGGAUGCCCUCUACAUUAUGGACACUUUUGUUCGGCUCCGCACAGGUUUCCUCGAGCAGGGGCUGAUGGUAAAGGACCUGGCCAAGCUUAGGGACAGCUACAUCCACACCCUGCAGUUCAAGCUGGACGUGAUCUCCAUCUUACCAACAGACCUGGCUUACAUCGCCACAGGCAUCCACACCCCUGCGAUUCGCUUCAACCGCCUUCUGCGCUUUCCCAGGAUGUUUGAGUUCUUCGACCGGACAGAGACGCGCACCAACUAUCCCAACAUUUUCCGCAUCUGCAAUCUGGUGCUCUACAUCCUGGUUAUCAUCCACUGGAAUGGCUGCAUCUACUUUGCUAUCUCCAAGGCCUUUGGCAUAGGGUCGGACACCUGGGUCUUUCCCAACUUUACAGACCCCACUUACGGCAGACUGACUCGAGAGUACAUCUACUGUCUGUACUGGUCUACUCUCACACUCACCACUAUUGGAGACAUGCCAGCCCCGGUCAGGGAUGAGCAGUAUUUGUUUGUCGUUUUUGAUUUUCUGGUUGGGGUCUUGAUCUUUGCCACUAUUGUGGGAAAUGUCGGAUCCAUGAUCUCUAACAUGAACGCCACAAGAGCGGAAUUCCAGGCCAAGAUCGACUCUAUCAAACACUACAUGCAGUUCCGCAAAGUGAGCAGAGAGAUGGAGGCCAGGGUCAUCAGGUGGUUCGACUACCUCUGGACCAACAAAAAGACUGUGGACGAAAGGGAGGUCCUCAAAAGCCUGCCAGACAAGCUCAGGGCUGAAAUAGCCAUCAAUGUCCACCUGGACACCUUAAAAAAGGUUCGUAUCUUCCAAGACUGUGAGGCCGGGCUUUUGGUGGAGCUGGUUUUGAAACUGAGGCCUCAGGUUUUCAGUCCUGGGGAUUAUAUCUGCCGGAAAGGGGACAUUGGAAAAGAGAUGUACAUUAUUAAGGAGGGGAAAUUGGCCGUGGUAGCUGAUGAUGGGGUCACCCAGUACGCCCUCUUGACAGCCGGAAGCUGCUUUGGGGAGAUCAGCAUCCUCAACAUUGAGGGUAGCAAGAUGGGCAACAGGAGGACAGCCAAUAUCCGGAGCAUCGGCUACUCUGAUCUCUUCUGCCUCUCUAAGGAUGAUCUGAUGGAGGCACUCACUGAGUAUCCAGAUGCUAAGAAGGUGCUGGAGGAGAGGGGCCGGGAGAUCCUGGUAAAAGAAGGACUGCUGGAUGAGUCAGCUGGGAAAGGGGGGGUGGGGGAGGUGGAGGUGGAGGAGAAGAUAGAGAGGCUGGAGUCCUCCUUGGACAACCUGCAAACACGCUUUGCCCGGCUGAUGACGGAGUACAACUCCACCCAGCUUAAGCUGAAGCAGAGGAUCACCUUCCUUGAGAGGAGGGUCAAGUACCUGGGCAGUGGGUACCUCUCUGAUGGGCUGGACAGUACCAAUGACACUGAUGGAACCCGCAGUGAGGGCAUGCAGUGACCCUCCUUCCUGACCAAUUCACUUUAUCAAAUGCUUUUAUUGAUUACUUUCAGUUGUAGGCUGAGACUGUUGGAAGGUCUGCUAUCCUAUGUAACCUGCACAAGAUGUAAUCACUAUAUAAACAAUGCAAAAAAUACAUGUGAAAUAUUUGGUCAGUAGAAUCUGAAAGUUAUGAACACAUAGGGAAUGGAAGAUGUUCAUAACAAUGACAUGUUUGUAACUCUGAAACUGGUACUAUUUUCAAUGAUUGUAUGUAUGUGUACUGUAUUAAUAUAAGGUCUACAUCUUUAAUAUGAUAAAUAAUAAGUUAAAAACAAAAAAUAAGACAGGAGAGCUGUGUUAAACUUGUUUUUUUUUAUAUAAAUCAGAGUUCAUCAUUUGGGAUUUAAAAUACUAAUGUAUCAUAGUUUUUCUCCACUUCAUACUCAACUGUAACUUACAUUAUCGUAAAUUACCUCACCUAAAGGUCACUUGAACCAUAGUGAUCUUAAGACAGAUUUGGCAACUUACGUAACUUACUUAUAGCAACAUGAACAUUUUAAUAUUGGGGUAGAAUAGUUCAAAAUCUAUCAAAUAUUCACCCAUAAAUCAGAUCUCAAAGCUACUGUGAAAAAUACUGGCCAGAGGAACAAAUGUUCCCAGGGCAUGUUUGCAAUGUGUAUACCUGCAUCACAGACGUUUUCUAAAUAUUGAGCACUGGAUUAUUCAUUUGAGUGAAGCCUUAUCUGGCAGGGUUAAUCUAUUUUUACAAAACGCAAAUUGAGUUAUUCUUCGUUAUUCUUGACAACUUUAUUUUGUUGGAAUACAUUUAAAUAAAUAAAUGUGUUCCUAUUUUAAAUACUCUUGUCUCA